ACUGCAGCAAGAAUUACACCGAUGUUUAUUUUGAGUAUGUUUAAAUAGUGUUAUAUAGUAUAGUAACUUGUUAUUAUGGAACGAAUUUGUCGUUUUUGCUUAAAUGAUAAUAAUUCUACGUUAAACAUAUCGCUAAGUGAUGAUGCGAUUCGGCGUAAAAUCGAUGUGCUGUUUACAUUUCCUUUGGAAAAUGGAUCCGAUUUACCCAGUAAAAUCUGUGAGAAAUGUAGAUCUAAGAUCGAUGAGUUCUAUACCUUCUUGGAGAUGGUUCGUAGCAACGAACAACAGCUUAAGCUCAGGGUCGAUGAAGUUCCGAAAGAUGAAAUGGUCAAAAUAGCUAAACAGGAACAACAAGUAACCAGUGAUACAGAAGAACACAAUGACACGAAUGCCGUUGGAUUGGAACAUCAAGAACUGAGCACUAAAAGCGAAAAUGAUUCGGAUCACAGGGACGAGGAAACUCCUCUCGCCAUUAGGCGUCGGAAGCAAGCCAAAGAAAACCGUCUAAUUAAGGAAUACUAUUCAUUGAAGUGCAACAAGUGCCAAAAGGCUUUCGAAAGCUUCCGAGAAUUGAAACGACAUGCUCUGGAGGAACACGACGAAUUAUUUACCAUCAUGUGCUGCGAUCGUAGUCUUCGAAGUAAGCAUGAGAUCUUGAGGCACAUUCAACAUCACCUUAAUCCGAACUGUUUUCAAUGUACCAUCUGUGAAAAAAGUUAUACCAACAAACACAACCUCGUUAUGCAUCACUCGAACGUGCAUGUCGUUGACAACAGCAAACGUUUCAAGUGUCACCUUUGUGGUGUCCACUUUAGAAAUCAAUCCUUGCUCAGUUCUCACCGUAAAGUUCACGAAAAGUGGGAGUGUCAAAUUUGCCACAAAGCACUGUCCAGCAAGUCGUCGCUUAAGAAACACUUGUUCGGCAUGCACGAGAGUCCCGGCGAGAAAUUCGUUUGCGACAGUUGUGGAAAACAGUACAAUUACAAAUCGUUACUCAAUCGCCACAUCAACAAAGUCCAUCUGGGUGUUCGAGAAGACCGAGUACAGUGCUAUAUCUGUGAUAUUUGGCUUAAUAGAGGAAACAUGAAACCUCACAUGAAAACGGUUCACAAUGGGACGGACACCACAGUCGCCUGCGACAUUUGCAAUCAGGUGUAUCCAAACCGAAAGUCUAUGACUACCCACAAGUGGCGGGUUCACGUGGAGGAAAAGUUUCAGUGUGAAUUUUGUGGUAAAAAGUUCAAACGAAGAGUCACUCUGAAAGAGCACCGAGCUUCCCAUACCGGUCAGAUGCUGUACCAGUGUGACGUCUGUGGAAUGGCUACAAACUCGAAUGGCAACCUGUACUCGCACAAGAAGAGUAAGCACCCGAAUGAGUGGAUGGAGGCCAAACGGAAAUCUACCGCAGUGCUGGUUGAGAAACUAGUAGACUAGUACACAACUGAACUAAAAACCAAUUCAAACGCUUACCUUCGGUGAUGGAAAGUAGCCCUUCGCAUUUUUCUUUCUAAUUCUCCAUUCAGUAUUUUAGUUGUAGUACAUGGGCCUAUGGGAAAAUGAAGAAACCAACAAUAAAUAAUUGUACAACUAA